AUGAACGACGAAAAGACAACCAAAGACAUCAAAGCAUCAAACACCCCAACAUCAACAGAACAAACAACCAAAACCAACAUCCGUCUCGAACCUCAACCCAGCACCGACCCCCUCGACCCCCUGAACUGGCCCCUCCGCAGCAAAAUCCUCACCCUAGCCAUACUAUCCCUCUGCGGUUUCGCAGGCGGCUGCAUAGCCCUAGCAAACCAAUACGGAAUCGUAAUCCAAGCCGCCACCUACCACAACAAAACAGCCACGCAACUCUCCUAUGGCGGGAGCGCAGCUACAGCAGGCACCGCAACGGGACCUCUCCUCUGGGUACCUCUUUCCCGCUAUUAUGGUAAAACUUCCAUUCUCUUCUGGACUUUGAUCGCUGCGUUGGGUUGUAUGGUUUGGUCUGCGGGGAUGACGGACGAGGAGGAAUAUGUGGCGUUUAUUCUUUCGAGAUGGUUGGGUGCUAGUUUUGGGUCGGCGGCUCAGACGAUUUCUGGGGGGGGUUGUGACUGA